CCCCACUAGUCAGGAUGGCAGCGCCUACUGUCUACGAGAAUGUCGCCCCUGGCGCGAAUAUAAAGGGCUCACUUUUCGCCGGCAAGAAGUUCUGGGUCUCCCAGCGCAUCCCCCAGCGGACGUCGUUCUUGGAGCGCAUCAGGAGCAAUGGCGGCGAGGUGGUGUUGCUAGAGAAGAAGGCGGAUUAUAUGAUUGCCGACCACUUCCGAAAAGACUGUCCUCCGGGGAGUAUCUCGUACACGUUUAUUGAAGAAUCUAUCAAGAGCGGAGCGCUUGCGGAUCCUGAAGACCAUCGCGCGGGACCACCUCUGGGGACUGCACGCGAAGCUGGAUCGAUGGUCAGACCCACCAAAUCGAGUCGAGCGCCGUACACGACUGAGGACGAUAGAAUACUCUACAACUGGGUGAAAGAGUACGAGAGGCAGGGCGGUGCGGUCAGCGGAAAUGAGAUAUAUAAACAGCUCGAGGCGAAGCAUCCGCGACACACAUGGCAGUCCUACCGCGACCGGUAUUUGAAGAGGCUUCAGCACAGAAAGCCACCUACGCUCAGUGUUCCGCACAACGCUCCCCCGUCCCCUCCGUCUGAUCAAUCCGCAGAUCAGCUCCAAUCCGAACCCCAACUAGAGCCUUCAGAGCAUAACGAGAUGCGAGCCCCAAAGCCCAAAAGCACGCCCCCCGUCAAAAAGGGGGGAGCAGGAAACGUGAAACAGGAGCGAGCAAAGCAGAAGAAAAGCCACACCGUCGAGGAAUUACGGGGGAUGUUUGAUGAGGAGGACUGGGAAGAACUCUAUGCGAAUGUGGACACGAUUCUCCAAGCGAGCGUUGAAAUCUAUCUUGAGGGGUGGGUAACUUGGGCCAAAGGGACAACUCAGACUGCAGAGCAGUGGCAGCAGUUCUUCGAGAAAGUGGUAGUUCCAGAGUGGAAGAAGGAUGCAACACCCAAAAAGCAGGCCAUCCAGGCAAGGGUUUCGCAAAGGCAUGCCAAUGCUCGUAAGGAUCACGGCGAUGAACCCAUUGUUGAACCUUCCGAUUCUACGCCCACACCUUCGCGGAAACGCAAAACACCCGAACUGGAGCUUCGUAGCGCUUCACCAGACGCGGAGUUGUUUGAUUCUUUCGUCGAACGAUUUUUGGAAGAGCGCCAAGGUCGAAGGGCACAGUCAGCAUACAUGUUUUGGGCGAGGGAGAAAGGCGGUCAUAGGAAGAUCGCCAUAUGGGAGGAAGCGCCUGGAUUAACUUCUGCAGAACUCCAUAAACGGCUGAAACCUCAGUGGGACGCACUGCCAGACGCCGACAAGAUGGUCUACGCGAUUAUGGAAGAUGCGGAUAGGAGGCGAGUCGAGAUCGAGGAGGAGCGGGCCCGAAAGGCUGCAAGAAUUGGAAAGCGAAAGGUGGAGCAAGAACAGAUGCCGUCAUCAUCAACCGCAGUCCAGCAGACACCGGACUACAUUUCACAUACCCAUACGCGCAUCAUGCAAAGCAUCGAGUCUGGGCAGCUUGCCGAGUUUUCUAAACAGAUCACCGACGGUCAUCCGUCCAAGAGGCGAAAGCGUGACACCUCACCGCCUGUAAAACAGCCGAAGCAACCAGUGGUUACAGGGACUCAACGUGACCCGCUUGAGAUAUCGUCUGGCGACCAGAGUUCAGAAUCAGAAGAUGACGAGGAAAUGGUGGAUGCUCUGGAGGAGCAACGGAGAGAAGAGGAUGAGUUGGAGGAAAAGGACUCGGAAGAGGACGAGCUGCCCACGCCCAGUACAAAGCGACCGAACGAUCAUACCCCGACCUCUGACCUCCCACCCGAUACUCCCACCACCCCACGACCACCGCGGCCCCAUACCACAGCAUUCGAUACCCAAGCCAUCCUCUCCUCGCCAUCCCCAACCCCAACCCUCCCCCUGCAAGCUAUACCCCGUCCGCAACAAACACAACCCCAACCAAGCGCAAACCGCGAAAGCGAAACCCCCGCCCGCUCUUCCUCGCCCCUCGCUCCCUCCGCCUCGAUAUCCACCACGCACUCCAUCCACGAAUUCCGCCGCUCUCUCCAGGAAAUCCGAGAAUCGAAAGAAAGAGAAGAAGAACAAGAACCAUCGCUCCCACCAGACGACUCAACCCUAGCGCCCCUACCACUACCGGAAAAGACGCCUUCGUCCCCAGGCUCGGACUCCGACUCCACGGACCCGGACCCCAUGCUCCGCCCGACCGAAUACGACAGGUUCUUGGCGGAGGAGAGAGGGUACGGUUUCACCGAGGACGAGAUCAAGGCGGCCCUGCAUCGCACCGGGUUCAGGCCUAUGCUUGCGUCCGAGGUGCUGGAAGCGUGGCGGAAGGGGAAGGAAUUGCCGAAUAAGAGGGGGAUUUGGAGUAGAGAGGAUGACGAGGCGGCCGAAGGGGGGGAUGGGGUGGCGUUGGCUUUGCUGGCGAAGAAGCAUUCGAUGGAUGGGUGGGGUGGAUUGGAGGAGAGGUUGAAGUUUUUGCGCAAGGUUAGGGAUGCGACGUAGGCGGUUUGGGUUGGGUUUUUAUUCUUGAAGAAUCCAAGUCUGGGGUAUGAAGUCGUGGAUUCUAUGUGCUGAUAUGAUGUACGAUGCUUCCCUGCUUUGGUAGACAGCCUUGCCUGCGAAAAAAGAGAAGAAGGCCAUGCUCGCCGACUUCAACCUCCAAUGCAACAGCCAAGCCC